CGAAAUACGGUACUUGUUGUGAUAACAUGACCGGAAACAAUGGCCACUAUAGAGUGUCAAACUACUCUGCACGUCGGCUACAUAAACUAUUAACUUUGGACUGAUUUUACAGUUCAAUACAGUUUUGAGAUGAUUGAUAUCGUGAAGUCUGCAAAGAUAAUGUGAACGGUAAAUUGAUGCGAAAGCGAAAUAAUUCGCUCACCGUGGAACAUGACAGCUCUACCACGAACACAUUGCUGGACACUAGUCCGAAUUUAAAGUACUCUGAGAAGAAGGGAGAAGGUGUUGCCGGGCCAGACGGUGUCCCGUUCGAGUCAGAGUUGGACAAAACAAUGGGCAGACCAUUUAGAAGGGGGACCCCUGACUGGCUGAGUCCUUGCUGCUUGGGCCUAGUGUGUGUCAGGGACUGCUCCCUGCGUGUGGGAUAUGGGCUGGCAGCAAGGCUGAAGAGGAUCCUCCUGUGGGUGCUUGGGAUCUACAUCACCAUCCCCUUCGUCGUCAAGCUCUGUCCCUCCAUUCAGGCCAAACUAGUCUUUUUAAAUUUCGUGCGGAUGCCCUAUUUUAUUGACCUGAAAAGGCCUCAGGACCACGGUCUUAACCACACCUUCAACUUCUACCUGCAGCCAGAGGAGGGCAUCAACAUAGGUGUAUGGCACACAGUCCCAGACCAGAUGUGGGAAGAGGCGCAGGGGAAGGACAGGGAGUGGUACGACAACACCCUCCAGUCCCCCAACCCAGUCAUGUUGUAUCUGCAUGGCAACGCGGGCACACGAGGAGGAGACCAUAGAGUACAACUCUACAAAGUUCUUAGUUCAUUAGGCUACCAUGUCGUCACUUUUGAUUAUAGAGGUUGGGGUGACUCGGAGGGCAGCCCCUCUGAGCAGCGUAUGACAUCAGACGCUUUGGUCCUGUACCAGUGGUUAAAGGAACGGGUCGGCCGCAAACCCCUCUACAUCUGGGGCCACUCUCUGGGAACCGGAGUGGCCACGAACCUGGUCAGGCGUCUGUGUGAUGGAGGAACGCCCCCGGAUUCCUUAAUCUUGGAAUCUCCCUUCACCAACAUCAGAGAGGAAGCCAAGAGUCACCCCUUCUCAAUGGUGUACAGAUACCUCCCGGGGUUCGACUGGUUCUUCUUGGAUGCCAUCUCCGCUAACGACAUCCACUUUUCCAGUGAUGAGAAUGUCAACCACAUUUCCUGUCCCUUGCUCAUCCUUCAUGCCGAGGAUGACACUGUUGUGCCCUUUCAUCUGGGGAAGAAGCUCUACAACAUUGCUGCCCAGUCCAAGAGUCUGAGCGGCCACAAGAUCCAGUUCAUCCCCUUCCCCGCCUCCCUGGCUUACAAACACAAGUUCAUCUACAGGAGCCCAGAGCUACCGCACAUACUCAGUGACUUCCUUGGCUCGUCUCAUCCACACACAUAGCUAACAACGAUUCCGCCCGUACACCUCUGUCCUCCUACACACACACACACCCAAUAUACCUUUAGAGGCUAGUGCAUCAUCACAUCACCGGAACUUGUACAUACAUGCACGGACUGAGGACACACCAUGCGUGGUGUCUAGCAUUCCUGUUGACGUUGAGAAUGACCCGCAAGCAAAACCAGGGCACUGGGGAGGAGAGGAGCGACUGUCGGACGUGGCUUGUUGUCAUGGCUGCACAGAUCAAGAGGACAGCUUGAGCACAAAGUCUAAAUAUGCACUCAUCUAAUGAGCCUUGACAUCAACAUCACUGGCGUUGAAAUACCGUGGAUGAAGUUUUCAUUGCACAAUGACUGGAAAUUCUGUACAUUCACCCAAAGGGUCAGCGAAAGAUAUGUUAAUGCCCAUCAAAUGGAUCUUUAAACAAUAUAUUUUUGUUGUUUUAAUAUUAUGGAUUAAAUAUGUAUAUCGGAUGACAGGAUAUUUGGACAAUUAUGCGAAGCUUAAGGCUUGUUUAAAUGUCUAUUGGAACUAGCUUUAUUUAAAUAUCACAAUAAAAAAAUAAUAUACAUUUAACUUUAAUAUUUUGGGGUUUGGGGCCACUAAGUAUCAUUAUUUAUCUUCUCAGAGAAGUGUUGUCACUUAAGAAGCUAUAUUGGUGAAAGGACUGCAGGGUCAGUAAAUGCCUUUAUGUCAAGGUCAUUUCCCUUUAAAAAAGUUGUUAGUAAGUCCCCUCCCCCCCGCCCCAAGUCGUUACUCUCUCGCAGAAUGAUUGGCAAUGUCAACAUCUGAUUUAGUCAGAGUGGUUCUUCUUCAGACCUACGUCGUGGAGGAGAAGAGUGCUUAUUUCACUGUUAUGGUCUUGGUCCUCAAUGGUUUAUGUCCUCUGUGGCUGGGUGGCAGCUGUGCAGUGGAGCUGUAAUUAAUUUAGUUUGGCUCUGUGUGUGUGUGUGUGUGUGUGUGUGCGUGUGUGUGCGUGCGUGCGUGUGUGUGGCUGAGCAUCACCUGCAGUGUGGAAGUAUGGCUGCCCUCUGCAGUGAGACUUCAGUGUGUUGGCUGCUGCUCAAUGCCCCCUCCUGCCCCUAGAUCUAGUAUGCAGUACCAGACCAGUUUGGGGCCAGGACAUAAGCAGGCACAGAGCUUCGGACUCUGUACACUGUUCGUCUGUUUUCAAUUCAAGCUCAAGUCCUUCAUUCAUAGUCAUUGUUGGGCAAUGCAGUCUAAUCAGGUCAAAGGAAAUGUUUCAGUCUGUUUUUGUCAUUGUGGAUUGGCUGUUGAUAAAAGCAAGUUUAAACAGUGUUGCUUUUAGGUUUUGGGGAUGUGCAAUGUUCAUGAUCAGCACCAGAUCAAAGCAGUUAGGUCAAAUAUUCCCUAAUCUUCAGACUUCCUUUUAGCUCUGCGUUUCCUUACUUAUAAAUCAAAGAGAAGGAACAGAUAAAUUGAUCACAUUAUUGACAGUGGGUCAACUCUCCCAGAAUGUAUGACUUGUAUAUUAUUGGCAGUGAGUGAAGUAUAUGCUCACCAAAGGAAGAUUUAUCAAUAUAUGCAUGUACAGUACAAUGGACAGUAGACAUAGACUGUUGUAGGCAUUCCCCAGUUAGAGUUGGGGGAUGUAGUGUUUCUGAAUCGGAUGAAAACUAUUCAAGCCACGGAACUUUUAAAUUAUAAAACACACUCGCUAUUUUGUAUGGGUUUAUGUCCUGUUCUGAAAGGAAUUUAUUAUGGGCUUAUUAUGUGCAAGUUGCACAGAGUUUAGGGGACCAAAUGCAUAUUUCAUAGUCCCUACUAGACAUGGUUUGAGCCCUACAAAUGUGCUGGUGACUGAUCCCAAAGCAGGGCUCCAUCCUCGGGGCGGCUGUGGAUGUCGUCUUUAUAAACCAAGUCACACUCUGUCAUGUCAACUCCUCAAAGCCCCUUCAUUUGCAGAUUUGAUUUGUAAUCUCUGGUCACACAGGACCAUGACAUUGUACCUCCAUCUGACAUUCACCCAAGUUCACUCUAAUGUAAGAUUGAUGUCUUCUGAAACUGUUUUGCCGUGUGUAAAAGUGCAAGUUGGAUGUGACUCUCUGUCAUGUACACCAACUGCCUACUUCAAUAUACCAGAGCUAGAUAACUGGGGACAACUUUAACAAAAUGUUUAAUUUAAUGUAAUUUAAAAUCAAAACAUUUUUUUUUAUUUUUUUUGCUUGAUCUUCAUAAACUAACUGUCCAUUUAUUUGGCUUAUGUCUUGUUUUCCUUUCUGAUAUUUUAAUGUUUUACACUUAAGUAACUUUUUUUCCAGCUGUUGAGCUGGACUGGACAGGUCUUAUGUUUUGAAAUAUAAGAAUAAACAAUGGAAUGAUUGAA